AAACAGCACAAAAUGCUCAGCUGGCUGCACCGCAAGCGAGAGCCAUAACUUCGUGUCAGCUUCYUUCCUCCUCGUUUUUAGGCUGUUCUCCAGCUUGUGGAAUGUUUGGCAACCGCCACAGCCAAACAAUGAGAGGCAUCCUGAAGAGAAAGUUUGCAGAGGUAGACAACUAUCCCUGCUACUCCUCCUCCUUCUCCUCCUCCUCUUCUCCUUCCUCCCUCUCCUCCCCUGCCUCCUCAGAGUGGGAGUCCGACGGGGAGGGGAGCUCACCCGAGAACCAGGAUUUCACACCUCACAGUCCCGCCUCACCCURCCGCUUGCCCAUGGAGUCCAUCCUGAAGAGGCCCAAGCUCGUAAAAGGACAGAGCAGCGUGCGCUUCGACCAGGUGCUGGUGUACAGUUUCCCCCGCUGCCAGGGCUUCACCAGCGUCCCCAGCCAAGGSGGGGCCACCCUCGGCAUGGUGCGCAGUCACAGCGCCCUCCGGAGGUACACGGUCGCAGAGCACGCCAUGGAGCAGCGGCACCGGCGCAGAGAACGYCACAGGGAAAAACUGAGGCAGAAGAGGUUUGAGGCGCUAAAACGCAAACUGGUCAUGAGCAGUGCCGUGGGCCGCCACGAAGCGGAAAAGCUCACRGCGGAGCAGGUAGUAGAAGAAGAAGAAGCUGAGCUCCACAUCGGUGACUCUGACCUGGAGGAUGGAGGCUUCCUUCAACCGAUCUCCUCCAAGCAGCGACAGGCUCUGCUGCUGGCUGCGGGGGUGAAAGCCAUCGACAAGGAGGAGAAGAGGCAGCUGCACGGGCUGCGGCUGUCCAGAGAAGCCUGUGGAUGUGACUGUCAGGGCUUCUGUGAGCCCGAGACCUGCGCUUGCAGCCUGUCUGGUAUCAAGUGCCAGGUGGAUCGAUUCAACUUCCCCUGUGGGUGCACGAAGGACAGCUGUGGAAACACGCAGGGCCGCUUCCAGUUUGACGCCAGGCGUGUGCAAACCCAUUACAUCCACACGGUGAUGAGACUCGACCUGGAGAGGCGUCUGCGUCGCGAAACUGUAAACCCGGAGGAGCAGACGGAGCUUCCAGAGGAGCUUCAGGAACUCCGAACCCAGGGGGACGUUUGCCUCGAGCCGAGCGCGCAGGAGAAGAGGUGUCCCUUUGCGAACGCCUUGGAGGAGGACAGCCUUCCUCUCACCAUGCCGGACGCCCCGUCCUUCCACUGCCUUCCUGAGCAGUCAGCGGUCGGGGAGAGCAGCUGCAGCAGCGACAUGUCGGAGUCCUCCUGCUCCUCCUCGGACUCGGACGCCGGAGCUUUUCUCACACAGAGUUCUCCUGAAGCGGGCGGCGCUUUGACCUGUGCCCUCAGUUUGUGUGACUCCCGGAACAAUCACUGCUUCACGUGCAGCCAGCUGAGGAACGUUAGAGAACCGCUGACCUCUGAGCCUCACACCACUGACGGUGCAGGACCACGUGCAGCCAUCYCAGACAGCAUGGGUCCAAGCAGCACUUACCUGGACGAGAACGCAAACCAGUCCAGAGACUUCUUUGACGAGGACUCGUUCGAGGACUUCCCCCACGCCACGCCCCCCGCUGUGGACUACUCCUUGAGCAGGUACAUGGACCUGAGCCUCUCCUCUGAUUCCGACCUGGAGUUCUUCCACAGGGACUACCCCUCCGGACCGCCGCACAGCUCGUUCAAAGAGCACAGACACUCAGACGGCAUUCAGCACUUGCAGCUGUUCAGCUCCGUUCAUUUACCGCAGCAGGAGUCCAGCACCCACCUGCUGGAGUCUCUGAUCGGCCUGACCGAGCCGAGCGCUGAGCACAUUUAUUCACUCACAGAGAGUCACCUUUAUAGCUCUUUUUAAUCUUGUAAUAUAGAAAGUGUAUAGGAAAAAGAAAUGCAGAGUGCUUUUAUAUAUUCAAAGGAUUCAUUAUCUUAUUUUUCUAUUAUAUGAAUAUAACUUUUUGAAAGAAACCACACUUGAGUAAGUUAUGUGUCUUAUUUUAUUUUAAUUUUUUUUAAUUUCUUGUCCUAAAAAGUUUUUAUUCUGACAAGUUUGAUUGAUUUUUACAAUGACUAACAUGAUUAAUUUGCAGUAGAUGGAGUUUAUGAUUUUWUAAGUGACUAAAAGAAGGUGUGUAUAGAUAUUAAUAUUUUUUAUUUUUUUUUAAGUGCCCAGCCUUUAUGUCAGGAUGAUUUAUUUUAUCACGAGUUUGUCUCUUUGGUUGUGGGCCUUUUUCACAACUGGCAUAAUUUGUAUCCWGAACAUGCUUUGAAUGCUUCUUUACUGAGUUUAUAAAAUAAAAUAAAAACUUUAUUUAUUUAAAAAA